AUGGUUUAUCUAUCGUUGCAGGUUAAUGAUCUUGGUGAUAUUCGAUUUAAUCGUGUUAAAUUUUCUUAUCCAUGUCAACCAAUAUUGAUUAUUUUAUUUGAUCAUAUGAAUAUAAAAGAACUUAAUAUUAAUUCAUUUCGCUCUCAUAUGAGUCUUUUAGGUCAACAACCAAUCUUAUGUAGUAUGUCAAUAGCUGAAAAUAUUCAAUAUGAAUUGCAAAAUUUUACAUUUGAUCAAAUAAUCAAUACUGCAAAGAAAGCAAAUACACAUAAUUUUCUUCAGCAAUUACCACAAAUUGUACAACAAGCUAUUGAAACAAUUCAAAUAGAAAAUCCUCUACAAAUAGCAAUCACAAUAGCUCAUAGACUUUCAACACUUCGUUCAUGUCAUCAAAUAUAUGCUAUUGAUCAAGGACAUAUUAUCGAAAGUGGUUCUCAUGAAGAAUUGAUUCAACGACAUUCACGUUGUUAUCAGAUGUUUCUUUUAAAUAGUCUACAGUGA